UUGGCUGCGUGAGGCGCGCGUGACGGCGCGUGCGCUGGGAAGGGGCUGACGCCCGAAGUUGUAGGGUCGGCGGGACCGCGCCGGGGCUGCGGGACCAUGAUCCGGAACGGGCACGGGGCGGCGGGCGGCGCUGAAGGGCAAGGCCCGGGGGACAAGCGCGCCGUGCGGGUGUGGUGUGACGGCUGCUAUGACAUGGUGCAUUAUGGCCAUUCGAACCAGCUGCGCCAGGCACGGGCCAUGGGCGACUACCUCAUCGUGGGUGUGCACACCGACGAGGAGAUCUCCAAACACAAGGGGCCACCAGUGUUCACUCAGGAGGAGAGGUACAAGAUGGUGCAGGCCAUCAAGUGGGUGGAUGAGGUGGUGCCAGCAGCUCCUUACGUCACCACGCUGCAGACCCUGGACAAGCACAGCUGCGACUUCUGUGUCCACGGCAAUGACAUCACGCUGACUGUGGAUGGCCGGGACACCUAUGAGGAGGUAAAGCAGGCCGGGAGGUACAGGGAGUGCAAGCGCACCCAGGGCGUGUCCACCACGGACCUCGUGGGCCGCAUGCUGCUGGUGACCAAGGCACAUCACAGCAGCCACAUGUCCUCCGAGUACCGGGAGUAUGCAGACAGCUUUGGCAAGGCAGCCCCAGGCUCAGAAGAGGAGGCCCUGGAGCAGCAGGUGAGAAACAUGCCUGGGAGGCCUGUUGCUGACCAGACCCCUUUCUACUUACAGUGCCCAGGGGGGCGGGACCCCUGGACAGGGGUGUCCCAGUUUCUGCAGACAUCCCAGAAGAUCAUUCAGUUCGCCUCCGGGAAGGAGCCUCAGCCAGGGGAGACGGUCAUCUACGUGGCUGGCGCCUUCGACCUGUUCCACAUCGGGCAUGUGGAUUUCCUGGAGAAGGUGCAUGGCCUGGCAGAGAGGCCUUAUGUCAUUGCCGGCUUGCACUUUGACCAGGAGGUCAACCACUACAAGGGGAAGAACUACCCCAUCAUGAACCUGCACGAGCGGACACUGAGUGUGCUGGCCUGUCGGUACGUGUCAGAAGUGGUGAUAGGGGCCCCAUAUGCGGUCACAGCAGAGCUCUUGGACCACUUCAAGGUGGACCUGGUGUGUCACGGGAAGACAGAAAUCGUGCCUGACAAGGACGGUUCUGACCCUUACCAGGAGCCCAAGAGAAGGGGCAUCUUCUGUCAGAUGGACAGCGGGAGCGACCUCACCACGGACCUCAUCGUCCAGCGUAUCAUCAAAAACAGGCUGGAGUACGAGGCCCGGAACCAGAAGAAAGAGGCCAAGGAGCUGGCCUUCCUGGAGGCCUUGAGGCAGCAAGACGUGUGUCCCGAAAGAGAGGGCGGUUGUGACUUCUGACCAGAGCACGACGGCCACCUGGGCUCUGAAGCCAGCCCUGUCCCUGCUCCACACCUGCACCUCGGGAGGUUGGCUCAUGUUUUUUAACAAAGCCUGCAGUGCUGCCUCUCCAGCCGGCUUGGCCUCAGAAGGGCUGGUGUGGAGGACACUGCCUCCCACCCCACCUGCAAGGCGCCCUUCCUGCUAAGCUGCACAGAGAGGGCAGCCAGCAUGGUAGAGCAGCCCAGCAGAUGGGAUGAGCCGAGGGCAUGUUUGACCAGAGGGGUGCCACCCUGUGUGCCAGGGAAGGCUCAGCUUCCAUCCUCCUGACUCCACUGCGGCCCCUUGCCCCCCUGCCACCUGGCUCAAGAUGGCACUUCCUGCACACUCGGCCGCAGUAGUAGCCAGCUGCAGGGGAGCAGUGAGCCCGUGGGCCGUCCCCUUCCUCUUCCGAGUGCAGACCAUGCCACCUGCGUGGGCAGCCUCUGCCCUGAAGCGUAACCAGCAGGCCUGGCUCCUGGGCCCCGCACCUCCCGCUUCCCUGGCCAGCCUGCUGCUGUCCCCACAGACCUUUUCUGACUUUGUACCUGACUGGCUUGUGUACAAAUAAACCUGGCUCAGGCUCUCCA